GUUGUGUUGAGAGAGGGAUAUAUUCAAAGUUGAUAACACUUAUUAAUAUAGAAACGGUAAUAAAAGCCAGGUCACCACGUGAUACGACCGUGCAAAACACAUGACGCUUUUGAGUGCUGUUGCGGUUCUGAAGAACAGAGCAAGGACAAAAAAGAGAUGGCUUACUUCUACCUCCAGAAUAAAUUUAUCAAGGCACUGUUAAUUUUUGUAACUGUUAUAUCAGCCCAUGGUUUCAUGAGAUAUCUCAGUGAUUGGGAAAAUGACAGACCAACAUGCACCCAUACACACCAGGAACCCUGGGAUUAUUUUAUGCUGGUGAUGCAAUGGCCACAAGCUCAGUGUGAAAUAGCUAAUGUUACUGGCCAGCACGAGUGUGUUAUUCCCCCAGUGGUGAAAGGUUGGACCAUUCAUGGUUUAUGGCCAUCUGGCGAAAGCAAAGAUUAUCCAUUCUGUUGUCAUUUGUGGCAUUUUGAUGUCAAUAAAAUACAGGACCUUCUGCCAAAUUUGGAGAAAUAUUGGCCUAACGUGUAUGCUGAUACUGAAGAUGAUUCUUUUUGGCGACACGAGUAUGAGAAGCAUGGUACAUGUGCAGCUAGUGUAGCUGGUUUUGAAGAUGAACACUCAUAUUUCCAACAAACAUUGACUCUUCGAUCUUUAUAUACACCUAUGACUGUUCUUGAGAAGAAUGGUAUAACUCCUAGCACUGACCCUUAUAAGCUUUCUGACAUUGUGAAUGUGAUUGAUAGUGCUUAUGGUGUGAAAACGUGUGUUGAAUGUGGGUACAUUAAGGAAUCACAGACACAGUUACUCAGUGGAUUAUAUGUUUGCUUGACGAAAGAUCUUCAACUGAAGAAUUGUACUGAUUGUGAACAUGCAUGCUAUGAUGAUGAGGAUGUGUAUUAUCAUCCACUACAUAUGUGAUUUUUUAAACAUGAUUUUAUGUAUGAUGGAAGGCUUUUAAUAAACGUUUAUUGCACUCAGCCCUGUAGGACAGUGUGUAUUAAAACGCAAACCCAGUUUUUUGUUGAAACAAAAAAUUGACUAACUCGUGUUUUUUUUACGUGGAACUCUCGGCUAAAACUGCGAAAAUAACGCAACGAGCGAAAAUAAGUAAAUUUUCGUGUUUCGUUACAUAGAUACGCUAAAAGGAAUUUUUCGAGAAUUGUCUUUGUGUUAUAUUACUUAUUGAAAAAUUGACAUAGGUAGGUUAUGGUAGUUGCGUCAACAUAAGUCGCCAGCAAAGUUGUUAAGCUGCAGGGUUGAGUGUUAACCAAAUGGGUUUUCUUGUUGGGGGUUCUUAAAAAAAAACAUCUAAGUUUCGAAAGCCUUGUUUUAAAAAAAGUUGAUAGAAAUUUAACGUUUAAUCAGAGUUUUACCUUUUCAUUGGCAAUUUUUUGCAGGACUUUUUAAAAGGUGCUUGGGCAAAUAUGUUGUAUUUAGAAAUUUAAAUGUACCAAAAAAGGACUUACGUGUUAUUCCAAUGUUUAUUGAUAUAAUGAUGUGUCUGUUUCAUACCAGCCACAGAGCCAUUACUUUAGCGUCUCUAUAAUAACUUUCGUUAUGCAGUGAAGAUGGAAUUUACUCGACUUUUUUCUGAGUUAUUGUAAUUUUUAUAAACAACUAAUUGGUUUAUAAUCUUAGCAAUUUAUUUUUUACUUUUAUAUACAAGAAAUGUUUUGUGUUA